CAUGGUGAUCGAGGACGUGGUGCCGCUGGAGAGCUCCGGCCUGGCCGCGCUGCUGCGGGACCCGCGGGAGAGCGGCCGCACGCUGGUGCUGGACUGCCGGCCCUUCCUCGCCUACUGCCAGGCGCGCCUGCGGGACGCGCGGCCCGUGCACUGGAACGGGCUGCUCCGGCGGAGGUCCCGCGGCCGGAGCGGCGUCAGCCUGGAGCGGCUGGUCCCGGACCGGGCGCUGCUGGCCCGGCUGCGCACGGGCGAGCUGGCGCACCUGGUGGUGCUGGACGAGGCCGGCGGCUCCGCCUCGGCCCUGCGGCCGGACAGCCUGGCCAGGCUGCUGCUCAGCGCGCUGCUGCGGGAGGAGCGAGCCGGGACGUCGCACAUCUACCUGCUGCAAGGUGGCUUUGAGCACUUCCAAGCCAACUUCCCAGAACUGUGUGUGGUGGCGCCACCUUCUCUGGCGCCUUCCCCAGCCUUGAGAAGCCCUGAAGACAGCGGUGGCCCAGAAGUGGUGACUCCCUUGUAUGACCAGGAUGGACCUGUGGAGAUCCUACCUUUCCUUUACUUGGGCAGCUGUCACCAUUCCUCCAACAGGGAGGUGCUGGAGUCACUGGGAAUCACAGCGGUCCUUAAUGUCUCCUCCAGUUGCCCCAACUACUUUGAAGGACACUUCCUAUACAAGAGCAUCCCAGUAGAAGACAAUCAUAUGGCUGAUAUCAGCGUAUGGUUCCAGGAAGCCAUUGAUUUCAUCAACUCUGUGAAGACCAGUGGUGGGCAUGUGCUGGUACACUGCCAAGCUGGCAUUUCCCGCUCAGCCACCAUCUGCCUUGCUUACCUCAUCCAGAGCCGCCGGGUGCGCCUGGAGGAAGCCUUUGAUUUCAUCAAGCAGCGCCGUGGAGUCAUCUCACCCAACUUUGGCUUCAUGGGACAGCUACUGCAGUUUGAGACAGAGGUGCUGUGCCAUUAGCUGAGCGGCUCCUAGCUGCUCCGUGGAGAAGGAGGCCACCCUGCUUCUAUGGACCACAGACUGGGGGGCCAUUCCUGUUUACAUCCCUGAUGGGGGGGCUGUGAGCUGGGCAAUAUGGCAUCCUCCUCAUUCUUCUAUUGCACUAAUUGGUAGCAACGAAUUCCCAAAGAGGAAGGGAGUUUUGGCCACACCACCCGUCGGACUUCUCUUUGCCGUGUGAAAUUGCUGUGAUGACUUAUUUCAUUACUAUGAAAGAAAAAGAAUAAGCUGGAAAUGAAGAAAAAUGAAAUGUGAGAUGAGCAGGGUCAACACCAUCAGGAGGAACUGCUCGGCUCCUUU